AUGUCAUCAAUAGCACCACCGCCUAUCGGCGCACAGGCCGCAUCUUCCACACCACAUCGCGAAACCAAAAGAGCCUCGGCCAAUUCUUUGGAAAGUUCACUUCCCAAGUCGCACGGGCUUGAGGUGCCAACAAUACGUCCCGGACAUCGACGAAUCGUUUUUACAGAUCCGGUUGCACUUCGGUACCUUGAGGAAGACCCAUCCACUGUUGUGCUCCAUCGCCGCUUGACUUUGGAGGGGUACGAGAUAUACAUUGUUGAACAAUGGGCGUGUUCAAGAAUUCAUCCCACAUUCAUCAUUACAACAUACACGGGGGACACGUCGCAUAAGGUGAUUGUUGGAGUGCUAGGAGUUCCUACCAACGAAACGGCAUGGUCUCCUCGCUUGAGACUUUACUUUAACGCAGUCAAGAGAUGCCAGCUGCGAGAGAAAGAGACGCCAUUGGGCACAGUCAUGGUGACUGACCUCAACUCAUUUCCGUCAGGCCUCACGGUUAUACCCGUACCCAAUGGCGAUGUGCUACGACACAGGGAGGAUUUCAUAGUCAACGAGAAUUUGAAGCGGCUAGGUUGCGCUGGGCGCGCUGGUUUGAAGCUUCAGGCCCCUUCGGCUGCCACGGUGGCCAAGUUUUACCAGCUUUACAGGACGAGCGAAAGGAUCCCUCUCUACAGCGCUGUGGUGGAACUUGUCAAGCAGUGUCAAAUUGCGCUAAUGAUGUUUGGUAACCUCGCGCCGGAGUACGUUGACGGACUGCUCUGCGACGUCACUGAAGCAGCUGUAGGGGAUUGGUGGACAGAUAUCGGGAUGGACCUGUACAACAUUGAACCUAGUGAUGGAAGGCUUGGGCCCACCACGGUAGCAGCAUUGCUAGGCACCCUUAUGGGAGCUCGCAACCGGCUUCACGCGUCUGGCGCUCCUGUCAGCAAAGACGCAUUCGACAUAUCGAAUCUGAAACGCGGAAUUGGAGACUUUCAAAAGUCUCAAAAAAUGAAGCGCACCCGGCGGCUGGACCGUCACACUCUGGAUAGACUACAUCGAGCCACUGCAAAAGCGGCGAACGCAGAGGGUUGGACAGAUGCUGUCAAAUCUACAGUGGCCGAACUCAGCGGACAUGGUGGGGAGAUGGUCAUGGGUAUGGUUCGCCGGAGGGAGAAAGGUGGAAUUGCCGACAUCGAAACCAUUGAUAUCGAGAACCUUGCUCAGCUAGUGACUGGCGAACGAGCCAAAUGGCUUUGGCGAGGCAAACCGCGCAAGAGCGCCGUGGAAGCUAGUGGCCCACCAGCUUCUGACAUGAUGUUCACUACAGAUGAGCAAGGUGGCUACGUGUGGACUAGCCGGAAGAGACAUUCGCAUGAGGACCUCGGCAUGGACCCGUCUUUCCAGAGGUCAGAUCGUUCGUGGAAACAGUCAGAAGUACCUGGUUCGCCAGAGGACAAAGACCAGAAUCUGCCCAGAAUGGUCAUCAAAGGCGUCAGCGACAGGGUCUCAGAUGCUCGAAUCGGAUUCGGCAAAUUCAAGGACGCUGUCGGGAUACCGGGUCGUCGAUCGAAUGCCCAGAAGCUAGCAAAAGAUGGUGGAGAGUUUGGCGGUGAUGCUGCUCAACUUGCUUCCGUGGAGAGUGAUACAGAAAUCAAUCCGUUGGAGAAAGUUACCGUUCCACCUGGGCUUGGAGGUGUUCCUCCAGCGGAGGCACCACUUUUGGACGAUCCCGACCAGACAGAACCACCCCCUGAAUCUACCUUACAUUCGACUGAACAGAUACCUCCAGAGAUUACAGUGGAGCCUGCUCCCUCCAACGAUGACACAGACACAUCACGCAAAGCCUCCAUAGCCAAGACAGAUGACGAGUUGCAAGACAUGGUUCGGUUCAAGACACAAUCGACAGAUCUAUCGGCUACAUCAGGCGAUCGGGAUAGCACACCAACACCAGCAUUAUGCGCCAUGGCGCUACGAAGGCCUCAUAGCUGCGACGAAUUACAGUCUGACGAUGGUUCCAGGCGAGGAGACGAGUAUUGGCCUCGGCAUUUGUCUUUCAGUACGGUUGAGGAAGUUGUCCUAGACAUACAAAGGCUAGGGGACGACGCGAUUCUCGAGAAGCCCGAUGCCACUCUAGAAGAAGCUAUAGUCCACGAGGACGUACUUGCAUCUGACGCCCGCAUUUCUGGGGCUCGAAUUCGUGAUCUGGAAAUGCAUACUGUCCCGUGGGUAGAGGAUCAAGUGUCCUCUGUUGACAGACUCAACCGAACACUAUACGAGACCCAUGAGAAGCUCAACUCAAGUUACCUGGAACGGUUUGAGAUGUACCAGCGUUCCAGGGAGCAAUCUAGUGACGUGCUCGCUGGAGAACACUCUGGACUCACAGAACAAAUGAAACGAGUAGAGAUGCUCGGCGCAAAGCUCGACUACGAAUUGCACGCUCUAGAGUCCAAAGUCGAGGAUGUUGAGGCCGGGCUCGGCGAAUUCGAACGCCAUGUUGACGAUAUUGAGCUGAGAAUCAAAGCCCUAGUACGGGGAGAAGAAGAGCGAUCGAAUUGCUCAUGGUGGUCCUGGUUAAGCCGGCUAGGCGGCUAG